CUCUCAACAGAUAAAACAGUAAAAGUCCUGAAUAUUUUGGAGAAGAAUAUUCAAGAUGGAUCAAAGCUUUCUGCAUUACUUAACCAUAACAAUGACACUGAAGAUGAGGAGAGAUUAUGGAGAGAUCUUAUUAUGGAGAGGGUGACAAAGUCUGCCGAUGCUUGUCUUACUGCUAUCAAUAUUAUGACAUCACCAAAUAUGCCUAAAGCUGUAUAUCUUGAGGAUGUAAUAGAAAGAGUUAUUCAAUACACAAAAUUUCAUUUGCAGAACACUCUCUAUCCUCAAUAUGAUCCUGUAUAUAGAGUGGAUCCUCAUGGUGGUGGUGUUUUAAGUUCAAAAGCAAAACGUGCCAAGUAUUCCACCCACAAGCAAAGAGUUAUAGUGAUGUUGUAUAACAAAGUUUGUGACAUUGUCAGCAGUUUGUCAGAGUUGCUAGAGAUACAGCUUCUUACUGAUACAACAAUUCUUCAGGUAUCAUCUAUGGGAAUAACACCUUUCUUUGUAGAAAAUGUCAGUGAACUACAGUUAUGUGCCAUCAAAUUAGUGACUGCAGUGUUCUCCAGGUAUGAAAAACAUAGACAGUUAAUACUAGAAGAAAUUUUUACUUCCCUUGCACGGCUACCAACUAGCAAGAGGAGUUUGAGAAACUUCAGGUUAAACAGCAGUGACACUGAUGGAGAGCCUAUGUAUAUUCAGAUGGUAACAGCACUAGUUUUGCAGCUUAUUCAGUGUGUGGUGCAUUUGCCAUCAACAGAAAAAGAUUCUAAUUCAGAGGAGGAAUCAAACAAAAAAGUGGAUCAAGAUGUGCUUAUUACUAACUCGUAUGAAACAGCCAUGAGAACAGCACAAAACUUCCUUUCUAUUUUUCUUAAGAAGUGUGGCAGUAAACAAGGGGAAGAAGAUUACAGGCCACUGUUUGAGAACUUCAUUCAAGAUCUUCUUUCCACAGUUAAUAAACCAGAAUGGCCAGCUUCAGAGUUGCUACUUAGCUUAUUAGGAAGGCUAUUG